AUGUACGACAUCCCCGACUCAACAGAUUGGCUCGGUACGCCCCUCUCCAAGCUCGCCCGCGUAGAAUCCGCCCUACGAUGCCAAGUAUGCAAGGACUUCUUCAGAAGCCCAGUCAUCACCUCCUGUUCACACACGUUCUGCUCCAUAUGCAUACGCCGAUGUCUAAGUUCGGAUGGAAAAUGCCCCGCCUGCAGGACUGCGGAUCAGGAACUUAAGCUGCGAAAGGAUAUGGCGAUGCAGGAGAUGGUGGACUCGUUUAUGUCGGCACGACCUAGCGUGUUGGAGUUCGCGAGAACCGCCACGGUGAGAACAGAUGAACCAGAGGGGGACCUCGAGCUGCCCGCGUCGAAGAAGCGGAAAAUCGAUACCUUUGUAUCCUUGGCUGAGAAGGGUAAGGCGGUUUCGGGCGCUGAGAGAAGAACACGCUUGCAAAGUAGAAGAUCAGAAGAUCAAGAUCUGCAAACGCAGGCGGAAGUCAUCGACGAUACAGAGGAUGAGGGCUUUGACCCAGAUGAUGGCCUAGUCGCAUGCCCGAUGUGCCAGCGAAGGAUGAAAAAUGAAGCUGUCUUCUCCCAUUUGGAUAAUUGCCCAGGUCCUUCAGAGCUACCAAAUCUCUCCACAUCAUAUGGACCUUUACGAAACCAUGCUCGCCCUUCUGAACAAUCACAACAAUCCCCUCACACCAAUGCUCCAAAACGUCUCCCGACGUUAAACUACUCACUCCUGAAAGAGACGGUUCUGCGUCGAAAGCUCAAGGAGUUGGGAAUACCUGACUGGGGUUCCAAACCUCUAUUGCAAAAGAGACACACAGAGUGGAUGAAUAUAUGGAAUGCGAACUGUGAUUCCAAAGUGCCCAAAUCGAAACGCGAAUUGUUACAGGAACUCGAUAUCUGGGAACGGACACAGGGUGGCCAUGCACCAGCUGCGUCUGGUAUUUCGACGUCUUCUCCAGUAACGCGCAAAGAUUUCGAUGCUUCCGUUUGGACGACAAUGUAUGGUGACGACUUUAAGCAGACCAAUGUGCGAGAAAAGAAGAUGGUGAACAUGAGCAUACCAUAA